GUCAACUUAGGCAGUUUAAAGGCUACAAAUAUGGUAUCUUUAGCAAUCACCUGUAUUUUGCUGACUUCCAUUCAGUAUGUCAUAGCGAUUCCCGUUCUGGACUCCACAUUCACUCCAGUGGAUCUGGUCUACGAAUGCGCUGUGAAAAGUGAAGUUAGAGGAAAAAACAAAACACCUCUUCUCCUGUUGCAUGGCAUGGGGCAAACGAAGGAGGAUUGGGACGGAACUUAUGAAUUACUAACCUUCAAAACGGGUAGAAGGGUGUGCAGAGCAGACUUACGUAACCAAGGAGACAGUCCUUGGGAUAAUGAAACAAGUGUGGCUGCUAUGACGGAAGACAUAAUCCACUUGUUGGAUACUAUUAGGGAGAAGACAGCUGUUCUUAUUGGACACAGUCUAGGAGGAAAGGUAGCCAUACACGCAGCACUCAAUUACCCCGAGAGGGUGGACAGCAUAAUUAUUGAAGACAUCACUCCAAACAGCUUAGAUCCUCGACUAGUUCAAGGUAUUACGAUGGAUAUAAAGAGAAUAAUGGCUAUGAUGAAGCUGGUUCCCGAAGGCUCGGAUGAAAAACAAGCAACUGCCAUCAUUAUAUCUAUUCUUAGAGAGGAAAUGCUGCAGCGCAAUGUCACAGUGGAUGAAGAACGCCUUGCUCAAGUAAAACUACCAUUGACUUGUAAAGACGGAAAAUGUCGCUGGAAGACGAAUUUUGAUCUCAUCAUACGUAUCUAUGAAAACAAUUUCGAUGAUUUUUGGACACCAAGUUCUGGUAUCUUUGAUGGCUCUGCUUUAUUUAUUUACGGCACAGCAUCUAAGUUCAGAGUCUACGAAGAAAAAGAAAGCAUUCAGAAGUUAUUCCCGAAGGUAAAAUUUGCUUCCGUCGAAGGUGCUGGUCAUACGAUUCACGGCUUUUAUCCACAAUUUGAAGAAGAAAUUCUGAAAUUCUUGGAUUAAGAUUUCCUUUUGUAAAACCCCUUUCAAACUUACGAAUUUCAGAAUGAGAUUAAUAAAAACUAUU